AUGCGUAUCCAUCACGAUGCUCUCUAUGAAGAUGUUGGUUGUGACAUAUCGGAGGACUUGUCAGAAUGUGGUCUCAUAUUGGGAAUCAAACAACCAAAGUUAGAUAUGAUUCUUCCUGAUAGAGCCUAUGCAUUUUUCUCCCAUACUCACAAGGCACAAAAAGAAAAUAUGCCUCUACUUGAUAAGAUAUUAUCUGAAAGGGCGUCUUUGUUCGAUUAUGAGCUUAUAGUUGGAGAUCAUGGUAGAAGAUUGCUUGCAUUUGGAAAAUUUGCUGGAAGAGCUGGGAUGAUUGACUUCUUGCGUGGCCUAGGACAACGGUAUCUUAAUCUUGGCUAUUCAACACCUUUUCUCUCGCUUGGUGCAUCUUACAUGUAUACUUCACUGGCAGCUGCAAAGGCUGCAGUAAUUUCUGUUGGAGAAGAGAUAGCUACUGCUGGACUUCCAUCAGGAAUCUGUCCCCUCGUAUUUGUUUUCACUGGUUCAGGAAAUGUUUCCCAGGGUGCACAAGAAAUUUUUAAGCUACUUCCUUACAUCUAUGUGGAUCCAAGCAGACUUCCAGGACUAUUUGAGAAGGCCAGAAAUACUACUGAAUUUGGACGAACAACAAAAAGAAUCUUUCAAGUAUGUGGUUGUGUUGUGACCAGUCAAGAAAUGGUAGAGCACAAAGAUCCUUCAAAAUUCUUUGAUAAGGUUGACUAUUAUGCACAUCCAGAGAACUAUAGACCUAUUUUUCAUGAAAAAAUAGCCCCAUUUGCUUCUGUCAUAGUCAAUUGUAUGUAUUGGGAAAAAAGAUAUCCUCGAUUAUUGACUAUUAAGCAGCUGCAAAAUCUGAUGAGGAACGGAUGUCCACUCAUGGGAAUUGCUGAUAUAACUUGUGAUAUCGGAGGCUCAAUAGAAUUAGUUAACCAAACUACAUUAAUUGACUCGCCUUUCUUUAGAUAUGAUCCCCUCAACGAAUCAUAUCAUCAUGACAUGGAGGGCAGUGGUUUGAUCUGUUCAGCUGUAGACAUUCUUCCAACAGAGUUUGCAAGAGAGGCGUCCCAACAUUUUGGAGAUAUUCUUUCCCAAUUCAUUCGAAUCUUAGCUUCCUCCAAACAUAUCGAAGAGUUACCUUCACAUUUACGAAGAGCCUGUAUAGUUCAUGGUGGAACACUCACUUCGUUGUAUGAAUAUAUUCCUCGAAUGCGGAAAUCUGAUCUUGAGGAUGUUUCAAAAACAUCAGAAACUGCUCACCCUGUGAAGAUGAAGUACACUACAUUGAUUUCUCUGAGUGGUCAUUUGUUUGAUCAAUUCCUGAUAAACGAGGCUCUGGAUAUCAUUGAAGCAGCCGGGGGUUCUUUCCACUUAGCGAAGUGCCAAGUUGGUCAAAAUACAAAUGAUAUGUCUUAUUCGGAACUUAAAGUUGGUGCAGAUGAUAAAUUAGUUCUAGACAGAAUCAUAGAUUCUUUGACUUCACUUGCUAACCCAAAUGAAAAUCAAGAAUUUAAAGGGGGUGCUGGCCGGGUAUGUCGGCCAGCUGCAGAAUUUCUGACAUCAAUAGGUGGCGAUUCACCACAAGAAUGGUUAAAAUCAUACAGGAUAGGCGAUCUUGAAGAGCAGACUUGUGUUAAAGUUAUUGUUGCUUCUCUUUUUCUGAAAGAUGCAGAAGAGAUAGUUGAAGGUAUUCCAAAUGCAACAGCUGUUCAACUUGAUGUUAUGAAUCAGGGGAGUCUUUAUAAUUACAUUUCACAGGUUGAUGUUGUCAUCAGUUUACUGCCUCCUAGUUUCCACAGUACCAUAGGAGGUGCAUGCAUUCAGCUUAAGAAACAUCUCGUCACAGCUAGCUACGUUGAUGAUUCCACAACCAAGCUUGAUGAACUAGCCAAAAGUUCUGGUGUUACAAUUCUUUGUGAGAUGGGCUUGGACCCUGGAAUAGACCACAUGAUGGCAAUGAAGAUGAUUAAUCAUGCCCACAUACGAGGGGGAAGGAUCAAGUCUUUCAUUUCUUACUGCGGUGGUAUUCCUUCUCCUGAAGCAGCAAACAACCCAUUAGCUUACAAAUUCAGUUGGAGUCCUGCAGGGGCUAUACGAGCUGGACGGAAUCCUGCAACUUACAGAUACCAGGGAGGAGUUGUACACGUUGAUGGGGAGAACCUUUAUGAUUCUGCUAAAAGGCUUCGGCUAGCAGAUUUCCCAGCUUUUGCAUUGGAAUGCCUUCCAAAUAGAGACUCCUUGAUUUAUGGUGACCUAUAUGGAAUAAAAAAUGAAGCAUCGACCAUCUUUCGUGGAACCCUAAGAUAUGAAGGUUUUGGCAGUAUAAUGGGAUCACUAGCAAGAAUUGGUUUCUUUAGCACCGAGGUCAUCCCUAUGCUUGAGAAUCAGAAAAGACCCACAUAUAGAACUUUUUUACUUUCACUUCUCAGAAUUCGUAACGGAAACUUGGAUGAAUCUGCAAUAUGGGAGAAAGACAUAAUGGAAAGCAUUGUUUCCCUUGGCCUUUGCAAAGAGACAGAAACUGCAAUAAAGACAGCCAAAACUAUAUUAUUUUUGGGAUUUCAUGAGGAAUCAGAAAUACCAAAUUCCUGUAGAAGUGCAUUCGACAUUACCUGCCUCCGCAUGGAAGAAAGGUUGGCUUAUUCUGGGACAGAGCAGGACAUGGUGCUGAUGCACCAUGAAGUAGAAGUGGAUUUCCCAAAUGGUCGACAGACUGAGAACCACAGAGCAACUCUAUUGGAAUGUGGAAGGACUAAGAAUGGCAAGACAACCACCGCAAUGGCUCUUACCGUUGGGAUCCCUGCAGCCAGUGGAGCUCUGCUCUUGCUCCAGAAUAAAAUCCAAACAAAGGGCAUCUUAAGGCCUAUUGAUCCUGAAAUUUACGUGCCAGUGCUUGAUAUUUUGGAGGCUUAUGGCCUAAAGUUGCUGGAGAAGAUGGAUUAG